CCUCGUGCGAACAGGCAGAAGAAAGAGUAAGCGUUCCCGAUUUACAUUAUUGUUGUUUGCGGGGUCAUUGGUUUCUUGGGUUAUGAGACUUUCCUUGGCAAUAGUAGUUUAGGUGACUAACCAUUGCAACAGUUGAGCAAGUUACCGUCUGCGAUCAUGUAAAGGGAGAGAAGCCCGUUUACAGAACCACCUCGGGGCACAAGCAGCUGUUGCGAAAUGGCUGUAAGGGGGAUAGAAACGGAUAUCACGGGCGGAAAGGCGAGAGAGCCCGCUGUGCCCGCACUUGCAAGGACGUGGGUCUUUCGGCCUUCGGUCGAAGCUGCCGCAGGGGGUUCAUUCGGUCAGCGCAGUAGGACGCGAACGCACGUGCGUUGCUGAAACUCUGGUGCGGACACACAACGUUAGCAGCUUUGUCGGUGCACCGAGCCCAUCUGUGACCCACGCCUAACUCACAUCUGCGAAGACUUGACGGCUGCCGAGGGGCAUUCUGAUUGUCGUGUGAAUCGUCGACCGAAAAAAAAAAAAAGAAAGCACGAGAAGAGUGACGGUGUGUACGACACUGAUGCGAUGGCACACGAAAAAACGGGCGUAGCAGUUGAAGCACAAGCCCAGCGGAAGCGUUCGAAAGAUCUCGCCCAAGGCAAUGUGGUGGAAACGCCUGAACUGAGAGAGCAAGCUCUGAAACGAUUACACGACCUCGUUUCAGGUGAACGACAUCUCCACUACAACCCCGACGAUGAAGUCCUCCUGAAGUUCCUGCGAGCUAGGAAGUUCAACGCGGACCGCACUUUCAAUUCGGUCAAGAACUACUUCAAGGUCCGGCGAGAAAAUCCAGGAAUGCUCGACGACCUGAGGCCAAGCCGCAUUCCUUUCGAUAGCGUCUGCCGAAAGCAUGGUCUGGUGACGCUGUCUCGCAAAACAGAUCCCGAAGGACGGGCCGCUGUGCUAUUCCGAUUCGGAGCCUGGAACACAGAUAUCUGUUCGCUAAACGACUACUUCAGAGUAUGCGUAGUGCAUGCCCUGCACAUUAUCAUUCAGGAACCGUUCCAAGUCAAGGGCGUCGUGGUCGUGCUAGACCUGAAGGGCCUCGGCCCCUACCACUUCGCUCACUACACGCCUUCUAACAUGAGAAAGUUCUUCACUCUUGUGCAGGACUGCUUUCCACUGCGAAUCAAAGGAGUUUACAUCAUAAACAGUCCUCUGAUAUUUGAAUUCUUCUUCGCUAUCGCCAAGCGUCUCAUGAAGGCGAAACUGUUGCAAAGGACCUGCUUCAUUGGCAACGACCUCGACAAACUGAAGAGCCUUGUGCCUGAUGACGUCGUUCCAGAAGAGCUUGGAGGAACGAACGAGAGCUACGACUACGACGUGAUGGAGGAGGAUCUGCUGCGAGAAGAGGAAUUUUUCCAGAGUAUGAACUCUUACGGGUAUCGCAAGAAGUCAAAAACUUGAAAGCCUGUUUGAACGGAGUGCCAUAUAUAGUGCGCUUUUAAAAGCUUAGCCUACAGAGCAAGAAACAUUUAGGAGCGGAAACUACACUUUUUGUGGCAAGCGGAAAAUGUCACAAGUCCGCGGAGCAACUAUCAUGCUGGCCGUACAUGGCUGCCGAGAAAGAAAUUACCGCCGUUUCGGUUGUCAAGGCAACCGGUCGGCGGUUGUGUUUCUCGGUUGUGUUUCUGAGGGCACUCACACUCGUUUCUUUAGCGGUGGCAGCCUGGACAGCGAUUGGUGCUGCGAUUUAGCCAUUUGAGCACAGUAAAAAUACAACGCGUUCUUUUCGAUGACCGCUACAAUAAGGUGAUAUGUAGAUUCCGGAUGUACGUGGCGCUAUUGUUGGACACCCACGCGAUGACUUUCAUUGGACGGGUGUAAGCGCUGCUGGCAUUCGUCGCAUGCAAACAUGCGUUCAAUUUCUUCAAGUGUAUGACCAAGAUGAUUUUCCUCAAGCUCAUGGGCUCACACGCUGUGUUCGCCGCUGUUCACACGAUGUGUUCACACGUUCACUGCUCUUGAUGUUCCUGGCUUGUCGUAUACACUCAUUAUUGAUGUCUUAACAGUAGCAUGAUUGAUAUUUGAUGACGCUUCCCGGGGAGUCCGCUUCUUUGUGGAUGUCAAAGAUACUGAAAACGGAAGAAAGAUGCGGGGAAUAGCCUCUGGACAUAGUCCAGGUUUUUUUUCGGGUGGCCCAGGAUUACCUCGCCUCCAAGCUCACCGUAGUACUUAUCCCGUUUCAUCAUGUUGCUCGUUAAGUGCUUCUCGCAAACGUAAUCUGUCGAUGUGAGCUGACGGCCUACUCCAGAAAUCGCCGUAACCCAUGCUUCCAGUUGUUCAGGAUCAUUCAGAGCCUUGAAGAUGCUCACAUUUUCCCUGAAAGACUUGUACCCGCUUUUGUAGUUUUGAGCGAAACACCUGCCUCCCAUCUUACGCUAGCAAAUUCUGAAGAAGGGCAUUGCGCAUAGCAGCGCUGUUAGUAGUGUUAGUCAGGGCGCACAAACACAGCAUUACGGCGUGCCCGCUGAAGCGAACGUCCGUGUCGUCUGCUUGUCGUCAGCUUUGAGCGGAAGACAUGAGAGCCGGCGAAGAGAGCGAGCCCGAGCUGGCCAUAGAAUAAAGAAGCUGGCCGCCGGGCUUCUUUUUUCCCCUGCGGCUUGCAUGACACGCCGCAAGGUGCCGCCUUUGCAUGCGCUUCCGUCGGCGUAUGCUAUUUUUGUGACGUUAUCUGGUCGCCCGCGCGCCCGCACUGACGGGGGUUUCAACUCCUAAAUAUGCUUCCUCCGUGGCUAAGCCUCACGCAGCAGCAGGGAUGGAGUUGGCUAAGGCGAGUUGCUCCACGGCCAUCUACACAAAAAGCGUGACGCUUACUGCUUUGUAAUGGCUCAACGCAUCUACGCAUGUCCUCGCGAUGUGCGCUUGCCUAGCGGCGAACCAUCGGGAGCAAAGUUGUAGAGGAGUUGUUCUUCACGAAGAAGGGAAAAGUUGGCACUAUGUUUUGCAGCCUUUGAGGGAGCACGGCUCAGCGCCAGCAAAUUUGCCGUCAACUGUUCUUGCGACGGCCAUGAUUUACAGAGAGGAAUCAUGUUAUAGCCACACCGCGAAGCAGCCAUUGCAGCCCUUAAAAUUAUGUUGGUCAGAAAUUAAAGUCAACAUGUUUCACUGACCAAACAAGCAGAGGGAGUAUUUCGUCCGCCUAUCCGCGAAACUCUUCUGAACUGCUGCUUUUCGGCGACGUCAGGCGCAAAAUGACCACUGUGCCAUCUAUGCCUCAUUUCUUGGAAGCAUUUCCUACUGCCUGCCGACUGGCGUGCCUGAUGCCACUGCACAAAUUGCAGUAAGGAAACAAAUAUGAAAGUCUGUUUGCCACCUCUUCUAGGAACUUGGAGCUGUAGGCGCGAACGCGUUGAAGGAAGUCAUAGCGUGAUGUCAUCUUUAUCACACCUCACGUUGGUGGGCAUUACUAAAUUAUUAUGCCUCGACAAUUUAACGGUAAAGCGUGCAAUCAUGCUUAGAAGCAAGCGCAUCCCUUCUAUGAUUUAUUCCCAUUCAUUUCCCACUUUGGUAUCUAUGUUUAUGAACAGCAAGUCUUUCUUUACUCGGCUCCUUUACUAACCUAUAGCGUGUAUUAUAAGAGGCAACAAGAGCAAUAAACCUGCUGUGCGUCUAGCUCCUUGCUAAUUUCACUGUUGGUGGACAUUUAGCGAACGAGCCAGUGUGACAUUAACUAGUCACCGGUCGCGAACAUUUUCCAUCUUUACCUGGCAGCCUGUGCAUUCCGUUAGAUAUCUACACAUUCUACCACAGGCUUCAUGUUUUUUUAUGCAUGAGGAUGUGGCUGCAGCCUUACUCGUGCUGUAGUUGUGUGAAGCGCCUCAUCAACUUGAAGUACCCGUUUGUUUUGCCAGCAAAUAAAUAUAUUCACAGAGGAUCA